CGACUCUCACACUUUGGACAAGUUUACUCAUGCCUAGCUGUGUAAAUGCUGAAGAAACACCUCAGAAACUUUCUCCAGUAUGAAGCAUCUGCUUAAUGAACGGAUCUGCGCUUUAUUCCGCAGUAACUGGCAGCAUACUUUCACAUACUGGAGUGUGUUCUUCAGUUUUGGACUCUGUGUCGCUUUUCUGGGUCCGACCAUUCUGGACCUGAGAUGUCAGACUCAGUCCACCUUACAGGAGAUCACUCUAGUCUUCUUCUCACAACAGUUUUUCCUCUUUAUUGGAAGCACCAUUGGUGGUUUCUUCAGUAAAACGCUUGUGAGUUCUUUGUCAGCUUUGGCUGUGUCCACCCUCAUCAUCUCUGUGGUUUUUGCCAUCAUCCCACUAUGCUAUAAGCUGCUCCUGUUGGCGUUUGCCAUGGCAGUGUCUGGUCUUGCCAUGGGCAUCAUUGACACCAUAUCGAACCUACAACUGGUCAAGAUCUACCAAAAAGACUCCACUGUUUUUCUGCAGGCUCUUCACUUCUUUGUAGGUCUCGGGGCGUUAGUGAGUCCCCUCAUCGCUGACCCCUUCCUGUCUGAGACCAGCUGUGUGAUUGGGAACAGCAGCACCAAUGCAACAUCGUUAACGCAUCUGAGGAACAAGCUCGCGGGCAGACCUGUGCACAACGUGUCCAGUGUCCCCCUCCACACCGAGGGAGAGGUGGUGACCAACGUUUCCUACGCGUUCUGGAUCAUGGCUAUCAUCAAUCUUCCAGUACCCAUCGCGAUAUUCAUCCUGAUGUAUCGUGAGCGGUUGUUCACGUGCGGAUCAGACCCCAGUCGACGUUUACUAGAUGGAGAUGUGCUAGCGAUGAAAACCUGGGGAACCACAGGUCUGACAGAAGACGAUGGACACCAGAAAGAGACUUCCAGAAGCCAUAUAGACUUGUUCAGCUGCUGUCUCCUUGGCAACACGCACGGCUUUCCGUCGUCUUUCUUUGGGAUCCAUAUCCUUGGGGGUCUGGUGCUCUUCUUUUCUGACGGUAUAGUGGGCUCAUACACAGGCUUUGUGUACACCUACGCAGUGGCGCCCCCUAUAAAUCUACCUCACAAGACCGCCGGCUACUUGACGUGCGUCUUCUGGGCAGCUAUUACCGCCGGCCGCCUGUCCGCCAUACCUCUGUCUUACUACUUUAAACCUGUGCGAUUGCUCGUCGUCAAUCAGGUGGGUGUGAUAGUCACACUACUUCUGCUGCUGAUCUUCUCCAACAGUAGUGUGUUCCUCUUCAUCGGCACCUGCUGUCUCGGCCUAUUUAUAAGCAGCAUUUUCCCCUGCAUGCUAGCGCUCACCGAAGACAUCCUGGAGUACAAAGGUUGUGCCACCACAGUCCUGGUGACCAGUGCAGGGAUGGGGGAGAUGUUACUCCAGGUGCUCGUGGGUUCGGUGAUGCACAGUAAAGGUAGCUUCAGUUUCCUGUUGUGCGGAAUGAUCUUCGGCUGCCUGGAAUUCACAUUCUUCGUUUUGCUGUUCUUCGUCCAGCAAAAUCACAAAAACUUCACAGAGGCUUUACCCAAUAACUCCUGUACGGAAAGACUUGAGCAAAAUGGGAUCAAGACCUGUUCUGCUGCCGUGCUGAACUCAUGGGACAUGUCAGAGCAGAAAGCAUCCAUCGAUCCAUAACACUGGAGAAGAUGGAUGAAAAUAAUGAAAGGAGCAAAGGGACAGUGGUGUGGUUGACUCAGGGACAUUCUCACUGCUAAUGGGACAGAACCAAAUAUAUCCAACAAUCGUGCAAAUCAAAAAAACAAGUGUUAAAAGAUCUUGAACUAAAGGUUUAUUUUUGUAUUUAAAUAUUUUUGAUGAAAUGAUCUUGUGUACAAAUGUCAUUAUCUAAUCAUGCUUGAUGACUGCAAUGGCAUAUAUGUGCAAUACAAUAACUUUUCUAACAAGAAAUGGUGUAGUGUUUAUUGUUAGAAAUGCACUGACCAAUCAGCAAUUGAAUAUAACUGGUGAUUGAAGAAGAUGAGCUCUUAUUGGAUCAAACUAACAAUAUAAAAACACCGUAUUUUUUAUUUUGAUUGCAUAAAGGCCCUACAAUGCUUUCCUUUAAAGCAACUUAUCAAAAUUUGACUGGACUCAGGUGCUCUGCAUUACUUUUGUUCUUCGCGAAUCAUAACUUCAUUCAAAUCUUACUGACGAUCUGUCUUAUUCACAGAUCAGUUGCCAGUUUGUUCUCUGCCAAAGCCGACGUGCUUGUAACACAUUUGUGGCGAUGAGAUUAAGGUCAAAAAAGGACAUCCUACUGUCUUCCUGUAAAAGUUUCCUUGUAUUGUGUUGUACAGCUUCAGGUCUGACGGUCUCUCUAAAGCCAGUGACCUCAGUGUUCAGGUGGGCGAACCUGAUUGUGAGAGGUUGCCGUGUCAGCGUAUUUCUCUUGGCCUGGGUAAAAUUUUAUUUGUUUUUUCUGGUUUACGCAGGUGUCAAACAUGCUAACGUUAACACAAUUACUGCAUAAAUGAGGUCAGCUUUCUGCAGCUGUAUUUGAUGAAGACACAAGCCAAAAGAGUUAUACAUUUGUUUUUUUUUAUAGAAAUCUUCCUUCCCUUCCAACAUCCACAGAUUAGUACAACAUGUACGCCAAUGAACAUAAAUUUGUAAACAUUUGAGCUGCUAGAGAGAGACAAUCUGAAAAUACAUUUGCACAAAAAAAUACUGAAAACAUUUGGUGUUGAUAUUGUACCAUUACAGUAAAAAUUUCACACUUUUGAUUAUUACAUCAUCCUUUUUUUCCCCUACAUAAUUUUGCCCAUGAAAAACAGAAUAUUGUUCCAAAUACAGUGCAGUCAUGACAUGUCAACAUUUAGAGGAUAAGAAAAAAAAAUUUGAUUCUGUUACAGGGCAGUGUCUUAAAGUUUAACAUUGGCACUUUUUAUGAAUAGGGUACAAAAUAGGAAUCUGCAGAAAAAGAGUUUGUCCACCUCUGAAGGAUAUUUAAGAUUAAAAUAUUAAAGACAUAAUAUGUUGUUUAAUUUUCUAUUGUAUAUGGCAUUUCUAUUUUUGAAUGUGGAAAAUGUCUGAAUAUGGAUUAAAACCAGAGGAUAGUUUCUUUGGCCCAUAUGUUGGUUUGUAGUCAAUUAAAAACAUAUUUCAUAUAAAUAAAAAA